CUGAACCGUCCAUCGGAAUACUGGCAAGGGGAUAACCACACUGUUUGAGGCGAUAUUUAUAGCCUUUCAAAGUGGAGAGAUCUGACGCACAGCAAGACACAAUGCAGGAAUCUGAGCCCAGCGUGUGUCAGCUGCAGCCCAACAUCAUCUCAGUGCGCCUCUUCAAAAGAAAGAUCGGUGGGCUGGGCUUUCUGGUCAAACAACGUGUGUGCAAGCCGCCCGUCAUUGUCUCUGACCUCAUCCGGGGCGGGGCAGCGGAGGAAUGUGGGCUGGUCCAAGUCGGCGACAUCGUCCUGGCCGUGAACAACAAGCCUUUGGUGGACCUGAGCUACGAAUGUGCACUCGAGACCCUGAAGAACGUGUCGCCUGAGAGCCAUGCCGUCCUCAUCCUCCGCGGACCCGAGGGCUUCACCACUUACCUGGAGACCACGCUGAGCAGUGACGGGAAACCCAAAACAGUUCGCAUCACCAGGCCUGUUAACCCCACUCAGAGCAGGCCGUGCGAUCGAUGUUCGCCUCUCAGCCCCAACAUGACCAAAGGGCUCCGGGCCAUAGAGAACCUGUCCUCUUCCUCUGCUCCCAGGAAAGAACCACGGGAGAGCAAACCCCUAAUUCCCCUGCUCACCCAGGACUCUCUGCUUAGAGAAGGAGGCCAUUCAGCCCUCCUCCUUAACGGGGUGGAAGAGAACAACGACCUGCUGAAGGAGAUAGAGCCAGUGCUGAAGCUCAUCAAGAACAGCAAAAAAGAAAUCAAUGGAGAAGGUCAGAGAGUCAUAGAGAGGAAGGAUGUUGAAGUGCAGGUGGAGAGAGACCUUGGUGUGGGAAAUGGACAGAACGCCCAGCUGGCGUCGGAUAAUGACAGAGUGUUUGAUGACCUCUGGAGAAAGGACAACAUGCCUACAGUGCUUAACAACCCUUACUCAGAGAGUGACAAGCCGCAUGGGAGAGUUUCCCCCACUAAGACUGUGCAGAAUGAAAGUCCCACCAAAUGUCCCAGAUUCAUGAAAGUGAAGAACUGGGAAACUGGAGCUUUAUACAAUGAUACUCUACAUCUCAGCUCCAGCAAGGUGCCGAUCUGCACUGAGAGUGUUUGUAUAGGCUCUGUUAUGGUGCCAAACCAGCACAGUCGCAAACCAGAUGAAGUCCGAAGAAAAGAGGAACUGCUACCGCUUGCAACAGAUUUUAUCGACCAGUACUACACAUCAAUCAAAAGAUGCGGCUCAAAGGCCCAUGUUGACCGGCUAGAAGAGGUUAAAAAAGAAAUAGAAACUUCUGGAACAUAUCAACUGAAGGACACAGAGCUGAUUUACGGGGCCAAACAUGCAUGGAGAAAUGCAGCUCGCUGUGUGGGACGGAUUCAGUGGUCCAAACUACAGGUGUUCGAUGCUCGAGACUGCACAACCGCUCAUGGAAUGUUUAAUUACAUCUGUAACCACAUCAAAUAUGCAACCAACAAAGGAAACCUCAGAUCGGCUAUUACCAUCUUCCCCCAGAGGACAGACGGGAAGCAUGACUUCCGGGUGUGGAACAGCCAGUUGAUCCGGUACGCAGGCUACAAGCAGCCUGAUGGAUCAAUUCUCGGAGAUCCGGCUUCGGUGGAGCUUACAGAGAUCUGUAUACAGCAAGGAUGGAAAGCUCCAAAAAGCUGUUUUGACGUUUUGCCCCUUCUUCUCCAAGCCAAUGGGAACGAUCCGGAGCUUUUUGAGAUUCCUGAUGAUCUUGUACUUGAGGUUCCCAUUAUACAUCCAAAGUUCGAAUGGUUUAAGGAAAUGAAUCUAAAGUGGUACGGCCUUCCUGCCGUGUCUAACAUGCUGUUAGAGAUCGGGGGACUGGAGUUCACCGCCUGCCCCUUUAGCGGCUGGUACAUGGGGACCGAGAUCGGUGUCAGAGACUUCUGCGACAGCUCUCGAUACAACAUACUUGAGGAAGUAGCUACAAUGAUGGGGCUGGACACGAGGAAGACUUCAUCCCUGUGGAAGGACCAGGCACUGGUGGAGAUCAACAUCGCAGUCCUGUAUAGUUUCCAGAUGUCAAAGGUUACCAUAGUAGACCAUCAUUCAGCCACCGAGUCCUUCAUGAAGCACAUGGAAAAUGAGUACAGAGUGAGGGGAGGCUGCCCGGGUGAUUGGGUUUGGAUAGUGCCGCCCAUGUCAAGCAGCAUUACACCUGUUUUCCAUCAAGAAAUGCUCAACUAUCGCCUCACACCUUCUUUUGAGUACCAGCCUGACCCGUGGAACACUCACGUGUGGAAAGGAGUGAAUGGGACGCCCACAAAGAAAAGAACGAUUGGAUUCAAGAAACUUGCCAAGGCUGUGAAAUUCUCCGCCAAACUCAUGGGACAGGCCAUGGCCAAGAGGGUCAAAGCCACCAUCUUGUUCGCCACAGAAACUGGGAAAUCGCAGGACUAUGCAAAAACUCUCUGUGAGAUUUUCAAGCAUGCGUUUGAUGCCAAGGUGAUGUCCAUGGACGAAUAUGACACAGUCGACUUGGAACACGAGACCCUUGUAUUAGUGGUGACAAGUACGUUCGGCAAUGGGGACCCUCCUGAAAAUGGAGAGAAAUUUGGUGCGGCACUGAUGGAGAUGAGACAUCCCACCACCAGCGUAGAGGACAGAAAGACGUACAAGGUGCGUUUUAACAGCGUCUCUUCAUAUUCUGAUACCCGCAAAUCCUCCAGUGACGAACCUGAAUCCAAAGCCAACUUUGAGAGCACUGGACCACUUGCUAACGUGAGAUUCUCUGUGUUUGGCCUUGGCUCUCGGGCAUACCCACACUUCUGUGCGUUUGCCAACGCAGUGGACACGCUGUUCGAAGAGCUCGGUGGGGAGCGAAUCCUGCGCAUGGGAGAGGGAGAUGAACUCUGCGGCCAAGAGGAAUCCUUCAGAACAUGGGCCAAGAAGGUCUUCAAGGCUGCAUGUGACGUUUUCUGUGUCGGCGACGAUGUUAAUAUUGAGAAAGCAAACGAUUCCUUGAUUAGCAACGAUCGUAGCUGGAAGAAAAGCAAGUUCCGGAUGACAUACACAGCGGAGGCACCGACACUAACACAAGCACUUUACAGCAUCCAUAAGAAGAAAGUUUACGGGGCCAAAUUUCUGAUGAGACAGAACCUACAAAGUGGCAGAUCGAUCCGAUCGACUAUAUUUGUGCGUCUUGAUGCCAACAACCACGAGAGCCUGAAAUACUUGCCUGGUGACCAUUUAGGCGUUUUCCCUGGCAACAACGAAGUUCUAGUUACGACUCUUAUCGAGAAACUGGAGGAUGCACCACCUAUCAAUCAAAUUGUGAAAGUGGAGUUCUUGGAAGAACGAAACACAGCGUUGGGUGUGAUUAGUAACUGGACGGACGAGAGUCGUAUUCCGCCCUGUACCAUCUAUCAGGCUUUCAAAUACUUCCUGGACAUAACCACCCCUCCAAGUCCCCUGCUACUGCAACAGUUUGCUCCUCUAGCGACUAAUGAGAAACAGAGAAAGAGACUAGAGGUACUCAGCAAGGGUUUGCAGGAGUAUGAGGAGUGGAAGUGGUGCAAUAAUCCCACCAUAGUGGAGGUGUUGGAGGAGUUCCCAUCCCUCCAGAUCCCGUCCACCCUUCUCUUGACCCAGCUACCCCUCCUACAGGCACGAUACUACUCCAUCAGCUCCUCUCCAGACCUCCAUCCAGGAGAGAUACACCUCACUGUGGCAGUGGUGUCCUAUCGGCCCAGAGAUGGAGAAGGUCCCAUACACCACGGAGUGUGUUCCUCCUGGCUCAAUAGCUUGGAAGAAGGCGAUACGGUGCCAUGCUUUGUCAGAGGGGCUCCAAUGUUCCGUAUGCCAAAAGACAGCCAGGUUCCAUGUAUUCUGAUUGGUCCAGGCACUGGAAUCGCUCCAUUCAGAAGCUUCUGGCAACAGAGACUGUAUGAUAUUGAAAACAAGG